UUAUUUUGUUUAUCUUAAAUUAUAAUUUUUUUAAUUUCUUUAUUUUUUUUUGUUAUAAAGUAGCAGGGAAGUGUGGUGUUUGUAUGGACAUUUUGGGCAUGGCUGCCGUAGUUGAUGCAAGAAAAAAAGAAAAGAAGAAAAAACCAUACAUCUUUCAGACAGCUACUUUUGUUUCCUAUCGUCUUUCCACAUUUGACCGUUGACUAUUCUCUUUUCUUAAUCUCUUGUGUCUCAGCCUUUUUGCCCUUGGUCUCUUCCUCUCCUCCUCUUCCUCUCCUCUUUUGGCUCCUCUCCUCCCUCCUCUUUAGCUUUCUGCUUCUUUUCGCACAUUAUUCUUUCACCAAGAAGAACUGACAAACUUCACAAAUGGUUGGAUAGUAAACUGUAGCGGCAAUAUUCAAAUAAUUAAACUCGUUAAACUUGUAUGCGAUGUUUCAGCUAAAUUAAAAAGAAUUGGUUAAAGGUCGAUGUCUGUGUGACUGGCUAGAAUAUUAGGUGCCUCUUUGAACUUAGAUUUUUUUUUGUUGUGAUUUUGAAUUUUUUUUUAUUUUUAUUUUUUUUAUGCUCAGCUGCCAAUCUGUCAGUUUGUCAGCUACAUAACUUGGUUCAUUUCAUACAUCUUGGAGCUGUUUUGAAGAAUGUGACCUGGUCCCUGUAUAAGAGCUUAAGCACAUACUUAAUUGUGACUUCAGUACAAAUGGGCCAUUUUUGUGUGUGACACUUUUUUUUUUCAGUCUGAAGUGUGAAUGGGAAAUGUACAUAUUCAUUUUUUCUUUGGACAGUAGAAAAUUAAAAGCAGAAUUUUCGAAAAUGAAACCACCUUUACAUUUUGUACACAAUGGGUUUAGACCAAGCAAUCAAUUCCAUGCGAGUAUGUGUGUAAAUGAAAAGUAAAUAAGCGUUUUGUUACAGUAUUAUGAAAAGAGAGAGAGGCUUCUUGAAAAUAACAAAGAUUUGGGUCUGAGGCUUAUCACAUUUUUAACAAAAUAUUUUAAAUUGAAAUCGAAACUGUACAAUAAAUUAGUUGUUUCACACUUGCAUACACACUACACGUUUACUGAGCACACUCAACAUCUUGUACAAUUUUUACAUUUUUAAUGUCCAGCUGUGUCCCUGAAUUAUUUUAAUUCAGCUACUUUACCCCCUAAACCAGGGUUCUCAGACUGAAAUCCAGGAGGGCCGCUGUGUCUUCUGGUUUUUGACGUGUUCCUUCACUUAAGUGCUUCAUUUAAGCUACUGAUUGGCUAAAGAGUGUGUACUUUGGUUCCAAGGCCUUAAUUGGUUGCUGAUUGAAAGGAAAUCACAAAAUCCAGAAGAGACUGUGGCCUUCCAGGACCGGAGUUUGAGACCCCUGCCCUAAACCAAAAGUUCUAAAAAAAAAAAAAAUUUUUUUUAAAUAAAAAUAAAUUUUUUUUUAAAUUACAUUUUCUUUUAGUUUGCUUCAGUUUCUGUCAGUAUUUUCAUUUCACUCAAAGGGCGUUUCAGGCUACUGGUAGCAACGGACCAGAUAUAGUUUCUAAAUACCAUUUAAUUGGCUCCAGUUCAAUUUAAGACCAUAGUGCACGGCGUGCGGUGUGAGCGUGUGUGCUAUGAUCCCGUGGUCUUCACCGGCGCGUGUCUGAAAACGUUCGCAUGCAAAUAGCCUAUGAAUAUUUAGGAGAGGCCAUUUUAAACGUGGACUGCUGCGUGUCUGGGCCGUGAGCAAUCACGAUGGCUUCUGGUUUAUGUGCGUCCUCUAGUGGUUUUGUUUGGGUGCUGCACAAAGAAUGACGUCUCACAUUUCCCUGGCCAUUUGGACGGUCGCGAAUUCUUUGUUUUUCUACCGUCUAUGAUUUGACCAAUAUAUCGUUCUAUAACCAACCCCUUAUCUAGGCCUACGCCGAAGGUCGUUACAUUUUAAUGCGUUUCCGAGUUUUCAGCAUUCUAUUUUAGGAAACCACCACAUUUUAAAAAACUCAAAAACUUAAAUGAUCUGUGCUAGGACUCGUGUGCCUAUUAUUUAGCAUCAUUCUGUGAGAGAGAACCUUAAGUACUAAUAUUUAUUUGUAGAAAAUGAAAAUAAACUAAUUUAGACAGAUGUGAAUUGCUACGAAAACCGUUCGCAUCCUUCUUUCCCAAUUGUGUCGUUUGUGCACAUUAUGCAAAGCUGCUAGCCCACAUUAAAACUUUCAAUAAUACUCAAUAGGCGCAUGGAUGCCUUUAUUUCGUAAUUCCGUACAACUAUUCGAUUUAUGGUUGCAAAUGACGCUGUUUUGACACCACUUUAGGAUCAAGUGCUGACAGGUCCACGAAGUAAAAGGUAUUUUUAGACCGUUUUCUAGUUAGCCUGCUCCGACGUAGUGGUGCUUAAAUGACCAGGACACUCCGUUUUGUAAUGGCUUAUGCAAAAAUGCUAUGCUUAUGCUAUUGCUGGCUCACAAGAACGCCGAAUAUGCACAACCGUUUUAAAAAAUGUGGUUUAACACUUAACUGUGAGACAUUAACAGUGAAAACUGAAAUUGUGCAUAUAAUUUAACACAUAACAUUUACCAUCUCGUUCGGUAAUUACUGUGCUAUUACUUGCAAUUUAUCCGGUGGGCUAAAUUAGUAAUUCUGUUACAUAAAAUCGCUCGAAAUGGAAAUUUUAAUUUGAUUAAGCUGUAAUUGAAAUGCUCCGCACGAUCUGAGUGUUAUUUACAACAGCGCAUAUGUUUUCUAUUACAAACAUUAUAUUGAGUGAUCCCCGAUGAGAAAGCCUGUUCCCAUGAGGUAGUCUCUAUUUUUAUACAGUCUAUGGGUAGUCUGCACCGUCAAUUAACCCCCAGUUCGAGGCUCGCGCUCGGCAGACUGCAUUUUCGAUGCUGCGUACAUUCCUUCUGCGUUUCAGUACUGGACGAUUCUCCCCUCCCCUCGUUACAGCUCCGAGCAAUGAUUGGAUAAUUUUAUCUACCGUAAUGCUGUGCAUCCAAUAGAUGCGCUCUUACGUUCCGAAUUUCGACCAACCAGCUACGGCCUUUGGUAUUGCAGUAGUUCCGGUGUUAUGGCGGCGUGCAGGAGGGCAGAGAGUGUUGGAUCAAGUUCAUGUAGCUAGUUAGCUACCUUGUGACAUUUUUAAAGUUUUGAUGUGGUUACUUGAAUCAUGAUGUUGGUGACCGCGCUGAAGGCAUUGCCAGUUUGUCGAACUCGAUCUGGUUCAUCGCUUUUAUCAUACAGACGUUAUUGUAAGCAGCAGCCGCUGUCCCCGUGCCUCUCCGAGCGCCUGCGCGUCUUCCAGUCCCUGUGGGAGAAACGAGGGGAGCAGGAUGGGAGGACGGAGGGGGAGGAGCUACGAGUCCGCCUGCCGGACGGCAGGACGGUGAAGGGGACGGCGGGCGUCACCACGCCCCUGCAUGUCGCGCAGAAAUCGCGGGUUAAAGGUGCAGUCGUGAGCUCGGUGAAUGGUGAACUGUGGGAGCUGGCACGCCCUCUAGAGGCUGACUGUGACCUGCACCUGCUGGGGUUCGACAGCGCCGAGGGCAAACAGGUGGUGUGGCGGUCGGGCGCCUGUGUGCUGGGAGGGGUGCUGGAGGCUCAUUUUGGGGCCGCGGUGGGUCGGGGGGGCAGUACGGAGGUUGGGUUCUACUGUGACUACCGGCUGGAGAGCAGCUCCCUCUCUCUGGGCGAGCUGGAGGAGAAGUGCAGGAGAACGGCCUCCCUGAAGCUCCCCUUCUGCAGCCUGGAGCUCAGCGUGCCGGAGCUGAAGGAGCUCUUCCAGGACAACCAGCUGAGACUGCAGCUGCUUGAGGAGGAGAUGUCUGGAGCCACUGCCACAGUGUACAGGUGUGGGGAUUCGCUACAUGUGUGCAGGGGGCCGCUUGUCCCUCACACCGGCUACCUCAGGGUCUUCAAGUGACAGGUGUUCUCGUCGGUGACGGUGGAGGGCGAGGAGGGCGAGGAGGGCGUGGUGCGGGCUCUGGGGGUCUGCUUCCCGGGGGAGAAGGAGCAGGAGGAGUGGGAGAAGGAGCGGGAGGAGGCGCGGCGCAGGGACCACCGGCGCAUCGGCAAGCACCAGGAGCUGUUCUUCUUCAACGACGUCAGCCCCGGGAGCUGCUUCUUCCUGCCCAAAGGAGCGCACAUCUACAACACGCUGACCGACUUCAUCAAGAGUGAAUACAGGAGGCGGGGCUUCAGCGAGGUCAUGACCCCGACCCUCUUUAGCACUGCAUUGUGGGAGCGUUCUGGCCACUGGGAGCACUACAGUGAUAACAUGUUCCUGGUGCAGUGCCACCCCCACACAUACGCCCUCAAGCCCAUGAACUGCCCCGCCCACUGCGUGAUGUACGAGCAGCGGGUGCGCUCCUGGCGGGAGCUGCCGCUGCGCUGGGCCGAUUUCGGGGCGCUGCACCGCAACGAGCUGUCGGGGGCGCUCACGGGCCUGACCCGCGUCCGCCGCUUCUGCCAGGACGACGCCCACAUCUUCUGCACCCCGGAGCAGCUGGAGGAGGAGAUGACUUCCUGUCUGGAGUUUGUGCGCAGCGUGUACACGGUGUUCGGCUUCUCCUUCCGCUGCCUGCUGUCCACGCGCCCCACCCCCUGCCUGGGGGAGCCGUCCCUGUGGGACAGCGCUGAGGAGCAGCUGGAGCGGAGCCUGAAGCAGUUUGGGGAACCAUGGGAAGUGAACCCAGGGGAUGGAGCCUUUUACGGGCCCAAGAUCGACAUCCAGAUCCGCGACGCCAUUGGCCGACAGCACCAGUGCGCCACCAUACAGCUGGACUUCCAGCUGCCGAUCCGAUUCGACCUGCAAUACGUGGGGGCGGACGGAGAGAUGUACAGGCCGGUCAUGGUCCACAGAGCCGUCCUGGGGUCGCUGGAGCGCAUGAUCGCCAUACUGGCCGAGAACUUCGCUGGGAAAUGGCCUUUCUGGCUCUCUCCAGUGCAGGUCAUGGUGAUUCCUAUAGGGGGCAGCACCGAGGAGUACGCGCAACAGGUGGCGAAGAGCUUCCGGGAGGCGGGCUUCAUGGCGGACCUGGACGCAGACAUCGGAGCCACCUUAAACAAGAAGAUACGCACGGCGCAGCUGGCCCAGUACAACUACAUACUCGUGGUGGGAGAGAAGGAGCGGGAGAGCGGGGCAGUGAGCGUGCGGACGAGAGGAGGCAAGCAGCUGGGGCGGAGGGACCUGAGGGAGGUGCUGUCGUCUCUCACAGAGCUCCGGGACAGCAGGAGCAACCAGGAGGACUUCUGAGUGCAGCGCUUUAACAUGGGCACAGACCGCUAACAUCACUCCCAUGCACACACAAGAUUUAACAUGGGCACAGACCGCUGACAUCGCUCCCAUACACACACAUGUGCUUUAACACGGGCACAGACCGCUAACAUCGCUCCCAUACAACACAUAAGCUUUAACACGGGCACAGACCGCUAACAUCGCUCCCAUACACACACGUGUGCUUUAACACGGGCACAGACCGCUGACAUCGCUCCCAUGUGCUUUAACACGGGCACAGACCGCUAACAUCGCUCCCAUACACACACAACAUUUAACACGGGCA